AUGUUAGAAGAAAGACUACGAAAGUUUGCUCAGGAGAACUUUAGCCAUAGAUACUAUCCUAUUCUUCAUGAAGAAUCUGAGAAAAUACAGCCACUAGCGCUUGCUGUAAAAAGGUCUCGGCCAAUAUGGAAGCGACCACGCGGAAAACAUGAAAUCAUAGUCCUUUCAGAAAUGGCGAAAUAUGUUCAAGGUGACAGAGAAGCUAAAGUGUUGCGUGAUUUCUUGGAAUCUCAAGUCAAAAAGGAAAUGUUUCAGUCCAAACCGACCAUUGAUAUGGGUAACAGGUAAAUCAUCGAUAGAGAGGUUCAAAGGUCAUGUAGAAACCUAACACUGGUUUUGCUCUAAGUUCCUCUACUAUUUAGUUCUUCUGUUGGUAUCUGUUCGAGAUACUUAAAAAACUUGCUCUACAGCGUUAUGUUCCCCAACAUUGGCAUUCCGGUCAAACCUUCUGAGGCCGAUUUUAACUACAGAUUUAGUAAGACUUAAAUUCGCUAUCUAACUUUUCAUUUAUCACAGUAGAGCUCAGGAGUGCAAUACAAGUGUUUCAGGAUAUCUGCAUGCAACCAUCAAGAUCAGUGGUGAUCAAAAAAUUCUAAAACUGGGUGCACUGAGCCAGAAAUACAUUGACGACCCAGAUCUCCGUGGAAUACUCGCAAAGACACCUUUAGAUUACAACAAAAUGAAAGGCUUUGAAGGGAAUGAACUGUUUUUAAUAACGUCUGUAAUUUCCAGCGAGAAAUUUCAACUUGAAGGAGAGAGAAACGAAAAGGUAUCUAUCAGUAUUUGAUAAAAAAAAAAGGAUGCUAAAAAGGGCUGCAACCUUUCCGUUAACUACCAUUUUGCUUUGAAAACGAGGUCAAUUCAUGUCCGAAUAAUGCAUGCAUGAUAUUCACAACAAAAACAUUUUCCCCGUCAAUCAAUUUCAAGCAGCAGUUUGUUGCUGUGGAGAUCCUAGGCCCUACUCCUCCAUCCCCGUAUUUUUUAGAAAAAAGGAAAAGUCAAAAGGCUUUAUUUCGCUAAAAGGUAAAAAAUCUUCCUACUCUCAAAUAGUUACCAGAUACUCAGGAUUUAUGCAGCAAGUAAAGAAGGUCCUCGGUUGACUAUAGUGACUGAGAGUUUUACGAAAUGAAGACGUUGAUUCUACCCCGAGUUGAGAGAGCCUCCAUCCGAGAAAACACUUUAUUUUGAGAAAUGACCCUUCCCUCACAACCCAAAUUGCUAAAUUUCAGACGAAGUGAUGCACUUACUCAUCGAAAGGGACAUUUUAUUGCAGAUCGAGACUGAAGUUAAUGGUGAAUUGCCUUCGCAAACGGCGAGUCCCAUCUCCAGCUAUUUUUUUCCACGCAGAAAAGUGCAUUCUCGCUACUUCAGCUCAUUUUUUCCUCCAGAGAUGGCAUCCAGAACCUCCGCAGCGCCGAUCCUCUUCAAGUGUUGCCAUGUUGAUUACCUAAAGGAUGAAAACAGACUGGAAAUCCGGAAAGGAGAAUAUGUUGGUAAAACAGUUACCAAGGACGUGUUUGGCGGCUAUUCUGCCAAAGAGGACCCGGAUUAUGAUAGCACCUACGUGGAAAUAUACUCAGAUGAGACUAACCUAGCAGGUAAGAGUGGUUGAUAAUAGGGCUGCUGUCAUUUUUACAAAUAGAUCUGGGACUUAACGACUCUAAGGCGAGUUCCCAGUCGACAAAGAGGAAAGGAUUUAAGAUCAAGUUUUGAGUUAAAUGGUAUAGAAAUACAUUCUUUGUGAAGCAUUUUGUACUUUUAGAGCUAAAGACAUCGCUGAACUGUUUUUAUUGGACGAAACUGAGCUCUUACCCUACUGAAAUGUUGAACUGCUAACGUGUCUGUACUUUUUUUUGCCGUAGGGUUCGUUUUAUGGUAUUAAAGAAUAUUGCUUCUUCCUGUUAAACAUUACGCAAGUUUGCUUUCCCACUGUUUCAUUGUUCUAUAGGAAGAUUUUGAACCAUAAGUCGUGCUCGUCUGAGAAAGUAAAAGUUUCCACCGUCACUGCGAUUUUUUCACAUUGAGCAAAACAAUCCUAUUGUAGCACGGUGUAGUGUGACCGAAUUUCAGGAAUGCCAUUUUUCCUCCACCAGAUCCUCUUAGUACAGAAGAUUUCAAGAGACUUGACCCUAUACUAAACAAAGUGCUUCUACCAAUCAAAGAUAGAGAACAGCGUAAGGCACUCGUUGAGAAGUAUCUGUAUUGGGUAAGUUGACCUUAGGCAUAAGGUUUCAAUACACCGAGUCGCCUGACGAAUAGCCAUUAAAUUGAAUGAAGGAUCGUUUGAAGUCGAUCGCAUGUCCUGUUUCGUCUGGCUUUCUCUCUGUUGGUCUGUCUACUCUUUAUCUGUGAUUCUCUUUUCGCUGUGUUUCUGAUGCCUUGAAGUCUCUCUCUGCAAACAAGCCUGGCUACCUGCUUGCGUCUGUCUGUCGAUUUUGGUAACCUUUUUUUCGGUUCUCGAUCGAUGCUCGCAUUGCCAUAAAGAAUAUAUAACUACAUAAAAGUUUAUCGAAAAAAUUUCAGGAUUUACGGACAAUCACUCUAAAGAGACGAUUCGCUGAAUAAUAUAUUCAUAAUCAAGGCGAUCAAAAGUUUCGAGUUAUUAUAUCACUUACACUCCUACAUUGACAGUUGAUCUGAUCGUUGCUAACAUUUAGACUUGUUGGCAAAAGAAUAUUGAUUUUCUCUCGUUUUUUGGUCAUUAGUUUGAAACAGCUUUAAAAACAGGUCAAAACAGGUUUCUGGUUCCGGAGCCAAUAAUUUCAGGUGACAGGGAGUUUCUCAGAAUUGCCAAUAUUUCCUGUGAUGAGGAAACGAAUACGUUGGAUCUGGAGGCUCUCACCGAAGACGACAUUCAUGGAUAUGCUGUUGUCCUCAGGAACCUUUUUGGUAAGAGAACAGUUUCACUUGAACUACCAGUAAUGGUGCAAUUUUACCGGUAUCCGCGGGUUUCGCCCAUAACGAGUUUCGCCCAAGAAGCGUUUCGCCCAUAACGAGAAUGGUUUCGCCCAGGCAUAAAUUCGAUUCGUGCGGCGUGCGGAUCUUAACUUCCGUGUACAAAAGAUUUGCAACGAUGAUAUGUUCCACGCGCAAGUGUUUUCAAAAGCGUUUAGUGUAUCAACCACAUAAUCAACUAAUGUAGUUUUUUUUAGAAGUGAUCACGAACGCUAACUUUUUCUACAGGUUUAUCGGACGAAACGUGGGAAGCAAUUGAGAAGGAUGGCGCAAAACCUUGACCCAUGACUCACUUAAAAUUGAGCAAUGUUGCUUUUGCAUGUUUUACAUUGAAUCAGAAGCUUAUUAAGUGAUUUACGCUGCAAAGUUUUGACUCAAGGAAAAUGAGAUUUAAACGGAUAAAGGAAGUAACAUGGUAGUAUAAAGACACCAAGUAUUUAAGAAUAAACGGGAAAAAACGAGCAUUGACAAAGGUGGCGAGGAAUUAAAAACUAUAACUUUGAAAUGGGUAAACUGUGGUAUACACUCUUUUGGAAGAGUUUUCAACUGAAUGUCGAAACAAUUACGGGAUUGUUCCGUUUUUCCGUUUUUUUCUUUACUUCGUUAAGUAGUUGGUCCUAAAUUAAGAGAAAUGCAAUUGGGUCACUUGCGUUUUCCCGCGCUUCAGUAAGUUUGCUCAUUAAGACCUCAUUGGCCUUUCAAGACUUUUUUUUUUUUUUGAGUGACUAAUGUGAUCACUUUGGUUUUGGUUCUAGGAACCUCAAUCGAAAUGUGCUUCAUUUGAAAAGAAAACCCGUUUCACCGAGCAGUUCUGUAGAAUGCCGAUUUUAUUUGAUCCUUUUGAGUAAGUCGAAAAUAGUUCAAAAUUGGGGUUUGACGACAAAACUUUUUUUUAAGAACUUAAUAUUUUUAGCGAGGAGGGGAAGUCAGUUCUGAUGUCGUCCUAAAGCUCCUUGUCGGCAAGAAAACAAUUUCAAUUGUGCUGUCAGCAAAAGUGUCGAAAAAUGUCCCCCCCUAUUCACAGUAAAAUGAGUGUGUGUUCAGCGGACACCUCUAUUGAGUGGACACGGACACCAGAAUUAACCGCACUCAUUACUUGAAACCUUUCAAUCAAUGAGAAACAUGCUUUGCCCUAUAGUCAACAGAAGCUGGUUUCCCCAAAGUAAUCAUGUACGCUGACGUUUUGACAGAUUCAUGCGAUACGACUGAAAACCAGUGCCGCCAACGAAAUUUAUGAAUAUUCAUGAAUGUCGAAAAAUAAAAUAUAUUCAAUGGCAAACGUACUUAUUUCUUUGUUCUUAUUGAUCCUGCAAGGAAUCCUCGUUAGUUGAAGAGAGCCUCCUACUGACUUCUUUACCGCGGUUGCCGUCAACACUCCGCUUUAGAGACAAGCUGUUCUUUGGCCUGCAGUUUGUUUUCAAUAACUUCUCCUUCCCCUUCUUGGUGGCUCUCCUCCCAGAUACGCAUCCUAUCUAAAAACAGGGUAGUUUAGUAUUAUCAAUUGAGUUGAUAACGUAAAUUGGCUUCCGUAAUGAGUUUAAAAGCUGACGUUUCGAGCGUUAGCCCUUCGUCAGAGCGAUUAGGGAAGGGCUUUGACGAAGGGCUAACGCUCGAAACUUCAGCUUUUAAACACUUUACGGUGGCCGAUUUACGUUAUCAACUCGGUUGAUAAUACUAAAUUACCCUAGCCUGUUUUACUCUCCCACCGACGCAGCACUACAGUUUCCUUAGAGACUUACCCCUUUUAUUAAUCCAUCUAAGAGCAAUCUAAGUUAGAAAUCCCCACUUCUUCCCCUUUCCCCUUCGUUCCAGGGGACUUAAAUAUAAUUCCAUCGACUUUUCUUUCCAGAUACCUCUCGUUUUAAAACCAAGUGAAACACUGGAAAAUCAAACUUCAGCUUUUUUCACGAGUAGGCUAAUAAGUUCCCCAAAAGCGAACUAACACUUAUUGAAGGAAAAGAUACCUCUGAAAAGAACUCUUGUGCGGGUAGCUGUGAAAACAACUUUUCAACCUUACAUUGAAAUCUGAACGAAACGACCAAAAACUCGACCGCUCAUUUGAUUUUAAAGAAACGACAAAGAUGACUGUUCAAGCGAAUAUAUUACCAUUCUAAGGCAUACGACCAGUUUUCACGGAUGUCGUAAGUUUAAUAAAAGAGAAACGCUCUGAUGGUUUCUGGGGAAUACGAUACGCAUCGGACUUCCACAACGAAUCAGCCCUCACCCUCGCAAGUGCCGAAGUCGUGGUCGCUUAGCUGAAAAAUAUUUUGAAUCUGUGAACGAAUGAAGUUACCCGCGCAUACCAAAAAAGCGAAAUUGUCUCAAUUAAGUUAAGAGAAAAUCGAUUCUCUCUCAAAAAUAUCACCAAAAGUGCAAAUGAAUACAUUUUAUUUUAAACAUCGCAAAAAAACAAACAAACAAAAAACAAAACAAAACAAGAAAGAAAACAAGAAGCCUCAAAUUCCACGAUCGGGAGGCCUGUGGUAGCAAACGUCAUUGAAGAAACCGAAAUUAGUCUUGUUGUCAGAUAAAAACAGCUUGUCGGAUUUAAAUAUACGAAGCGGGAGGCCAUGGAAGAAUGAAUUAACCCACCAUAACUUUCGUUGGUGUCAUUAAGAUCAAAACAACAUUGAACACAAUUAUUUUGUUGCAAAUGGUAGGUCGUUUUUCUUUCUUUUCCCAUAUUUUAUUAACUAUUAUUUUGAUUUCAACUAUGCAACUAUUUGUUCUCAUUUUAAAUUCUAAUAAUUUCCAUUUAUAAGAUCAUUCGCAAUAUUUCAACGACAAAAGUGGUUUGUUAAAAACUCGGCUCAUUCAGUAGAGUUAUAGCUGUAGUGUUUACAAAAAGAGGAAAGUUGAAGGAAAUUGAACUGUGCUGAGUUUGUUUAAGCUUGCUGGAAUUGGCGUCAAAAGGUCUCGAAUUCAAAUCAUAUACGCUGAUAUCCUGGCGAUAUCUUUCUUUUGUUCCUCACGAUUUCCUGUUAACCUACCCUCUCAGUUAAGCUGUUAACCUUUUGUUGCAUUUGUGUUCGUCCGCAUUUCCUUUUUGGAAGGUAUUCCAACCCGUUCCUCCCGUAACUACGAACUGAGCUACGAAACCACAUGUAAGGAGCGAGUCAGGGGAAUUUGAAAACAGCUUGAAAUUAAAUGAAUUUCAUUGGACCUUCGCAUAAAAAUCAAGCAAAGAAAUGAUCCUCGUAGGUGGACUGUGAUUUAAGCAAAUGCAGAGACAGAGCCUGAAAAUAACAUUUGCUUUUACCAGCAUUGCAGUCCACAAAAUUUAUUUCAUUUAUUGUUUGUCUCUUUUUCCUAGUUAGGGUUUUACCGUUCUUGCAUGUUUGCAUGUUUACGCUCUUUAGAUACGUUUCCUGGUCAGUUAUAUGGUUUGGCGUUUUAUCUAUUUAUCAAUCUACUGAUAGUUUGUUGCGCACGUUAAAUGAAACAUAUUUUUCGAAGGUAAGUGUUGUUCUUCUUGAGAAAAAUGUACGCUGACGAAAAUGAAAAAGGUUGUAUUUUCAUUUCCAUUUAAUCCAGUGUGCCGUUCGUGGUUUACGGUGAGAGAAAAUGAAGAUGAAGACGUAAUUGCAUCGAUCCGAUAGUAGAUCAUCGAAAUGAGAAAUGAGCAUACGGAUAUUGUUGCCGGGAUUAUGUUAUUGCGGAAGUAUGUGUCAGCAAUGUCGUUCAAUUGCUGUGCAUCUGGGAUAUUUUUGGAAAUGCCUUCACCACGCGCUAAACAUGCCAGAACUACAUAUAAUAGUAAAUAGGGGUGAUGCAUUUUAGUUUCGACGGAUGUAAGAGGACUCUAAAAAAAUCAACAUAAAAUAAUUUUGAUGCGCAUGCGCUGCAUUAAUUAGCACAAACAUUAAUUGGUACCUCAAUCUUUGAGUUGGAAUGAUCGCAAUUUUCCUUCACAGAGUGAGAAUGUAGCACGAAAUACACUAGUUGCACAUACGGAACCAUAAAUAUACCAUGAAUACCAUAAAAAAAAAAAACUAUCAAUAGCAUUCUCAGUUUCAACUAGUGACGCCGUUUGUUGUGCUGUUUUAUCCACUUGUACGUCAUACCAGAAAAUUUGGCUCCUGACACGUGUAUAGUCUUUGGCAAAUGAGGCAGAAGUAUUGUUAUCAGGAAGUAGAGUAGGAGAUGACGAACUUUUGUUUUCUAUUUCUUCACAGCUGCAAAUCUAUUAAUAAUGUUGUGACUCUGGCUUUCUAGAGAUUCGGCCCACAGAAAGAAACAAAAUUAAUACACUUCGCUCUUUCCUGUUCGACGGAUAACUUUGCAAAGAAAACGUGACUAAUGUCGAGGUAUACAGAACUUCGGCGUUCGCUGGACUGGUCUUUUUGUUCCUGAUAUAUAUAAAUAUAACAUAAAUAAGAAACUAAACAAGUAAGAAGAGAGACGGUUCACAGAAAGAGAAAUCGCAAGUAAGACAUGAUUUUAUUUGAUUUGUUUCCAGAUGUUAGAAGAAGGACUACGAAAGUUUGCUCAGGAGAACUUUAGCCAUAGAUACUAUCCCAUUCUUCAUGGAGAAUCUGAGAAAAUACAGCCACUAGCGCUUGCUGUAAAAAGGUCUCGGCCAAUAUGGAAGCGACCACGCGGAAAACAUGAAAUCAUAGUCCUUGCGGAAAUGGCGAAAUAUGUUGAAAAUGACGAAAUAGUUAAGGUGUUCCGUGAUUCCUUGGAAUCUCAAGUCAAAGAGGAAAUGUUUCAGUCCAAACCGACCAUCGAUAUGGGUAACAGGUAAAUCAUUGACAGAGAGGUUGAUCCAUGCCAUUGUGAUAGUAUCAAUGGGUUAAUUGUUAGCCGUAAAAGGGCCCUAAAGUUCAACCGUUAGACGUAGAAUGGACAAAUUUUAUCCGUUGGUUGUAAAAUGGCAAAAUCUUAACAGUUAGCCGUAAAAGUCAUCACCCCAUUGAGACUCCAUUUUGUAAACACUGGUUUUGCUCUUCGUUCCUCUGCUCGUUAGUCAUUUGUUGGUGUUUUGUUCGAAUUACUUGAAAAGCACACAAAUAAACUUUUACGUUCCCCAAUAUUCGCAUGGUGUUAUUACGCUAGUCAAACCUCCAACGGAAGAUGUCGAUUACUGAUUGAAUAAGCCGCUACUAGUUCUUGCUUUUUAUUUACCCCGUUAGUGCUAAGGCGUACAGUAUGGGUGUCUCAGGAUAUCUGGAGGGAACCAUUAAGAUCAGUGGUGAUCAAGGAGUUCUAAAACUGGGUAGAUUGAGCCAGAAAUACAUUGACGAUCCAGAUCUCCGUGGAAUACUCGCAAAUACGCCUUUAGAUCACAACAAAAUGAAAGGAUUUAAAAGCGAUGAACUGUUUCUGAUUACAUCUGUGAUUUCAAGCGAGAAAUUUCAACUUGAAGGAGAGAGAAAGCAAGAGGUAAAUAUCGGUAUUGGAAAAAUGACCCCUUUCUGCACACUUCAAACAGCUGAAUUUCUGACGGAGUGUUUAGCAAAUUUGCCAACUCAUUGAAAGAUAUGUUUGUGUUGAUCUUAUUUCAGACCGAGGCCGAAUUCAAUAGCGAAGUGCCACCAAUAGCGGCGAAUUCCUACAUCAAAUAUUUCAUUCCAGCUGGAAAAGUACAUGCUCGCUUCUUCAGCUCAUUUCUUCCUCCAGAGGUGGCAUCCAGAAACUCCGCUGCACCGAUCCUCUUCAAGUGUUGCCAUGUUGAUUACCUAAAGGAUGAAAACAGACUGGAAAUCCGGAAAGGAGAAUACGUUGGUAAAACAGUUUGCAGGGACAUGUUCGGCGGCGAUCCUACCGAAGAAGACCCGGAUUAUGAUAGUACCUACGUGAAAAUAUACUCAGAAGAUCAGACUGAUCUACCUGGUAAGAGUGUUAGAUACACCGAUUUCUGUCAUUUUCACAUAUAGAUCAGGGGCCUGAUGACUUCAAGGCAAGUUCGACAUCGAGACUGGAUGACAUUUGAGUUAAAUUACUUAGCGAAACUCCAAUGACAUGUAAAAUGUUGAAGCAUCAUCUUUAUACUCUGCGAGAAACAGACUUAGCUUAACUGUUGUUAUCGGACGAAAUUGAGCCCUUACACAGCUUAACUGUUUUUUCCAAAAGGCCAUUUUCGCAAAACGGCUCGAUCUUUGAAAAAACAACUCAUAUUUGCGUUCCCCCCGUUGUUUCAUAGGAAGAUCUCAGAGUAGAGAUCAUACUCAUCUAAGAAACAACAUAUCCCACUUUUUUUUACCAUAUUUUUAUCAUUAAGUGGGAUAAACCUGACAUAGCACGGUGGACUGUAACCGAAUUUCAAGGACGCUAUUUUUCUCCAACCAGAUGAACUUAAUCCAGAAGAUAUCAAGAAACUUGAUCUUAUACUUACCAAAGUGCUUCUACCAACAAAGAAUAGAGAAGAGUGUAAAGCGCUUGUAGAGAAGUACCUGAUCUGGGUAAGUCGACCUUAUACAUUCAUUUCAAUGUAUUUAAUUGCCUUACGAGUACCAUCAGAUUGUAAGUGGGAUCCUUUGAAAAGGAAUGUCUUUCUGUUAGUCUGUUUGCUCUUUGCUUGUGAUUUUUUUGUGUCUGACGCCUGAUUUCUCUGUCUUUAAACCAGCCUGGCUGCUUGCUACCAAAAACUGCUCUUUGUUUUCUGAUUGAUGCUGGCAUCGCCACAUAGACUACACACAACUGUGUACCGAAAAGUUUCAUGGUUUUCUGGCAGCGGCUUUGGAAAGACGAUUGUCUGAAUGAGCUAUUUAUAUAUUAAGUCGAUCAAAAGUUUCGAUUCAUUAUGUCAACUACAAUCUUAGGUCGACUAUUGAUCUGAGCCUUGUUGUUCAAAGAGCGGAAAACACCAUCCAAUGGAUAAAUUGCUAUCCAGUAGAUAAGUGUUACCUAAACGUACUGCGCUAUUGCUGUUGCUACUGCACCGGAUAGAAAUUUGCUCUAACGAUAGGGUUAUCCACCCUUCGAACAAACGGAGCCUGAUCAUCGCUAACAUUUAGAAAUUCUUUUCAAUAGUUUGAAACCGCGUUGGAAAGUGAUGAGACCAGGUUUCUGAUUAAGCAGCCAAUAACACGAGCUGAUUGUGAGUUUCUCAGAAUUGCUGCCUAUCUUUCCUGCUCCGUGGGAGCGAAUACGUUGGAUCUGCGGGCUCUCACCAAAGACGACAUUCAUGGAUAUGCUGUCGUCUUCAGGAUACUUUCCGGUAAGAAUCAUCAACAAUAAUGCAAUCGCAUCGUGCCCCGUAUCAAGCAGACGCUAAUCUAGGUCUCCAGAAACUUCUCCCAUGUUUACAGAGGAAAAAGUCCGUGUUCCACUGACAGCUCUAUUGAGCGGACGUGGACACGAUAGUUACCCGCGCUCGUUCCUUGACAGGUGUGCCAUGUAAUCAGCAAUUACAGGUUUUUCAGAAAUGAUAAUGCACGUAACCAUUUUUCCACAGGUUUAUCCGACGAAAAAUGGGAAGAAAUUGAGAAGGAUGGCGCAAACCUUAUACCAUAACUAAGUUAAAAAUGAGCAACGUUGUUUUCACAUUGAAUCACAAGCUUAGAAAAGGAAAUAAUUCAAAAUGUCUUAACUCGUUAAGUUUAGAGGAAAUCAGCUUUAAAUAUAUUAAGAAAGUAGUUUGCUUGUAUAUAAACAAACAUCAGGUUUCUAAAAUUAAACAGGAAAGGACGGGCAUGGUCGAAGGUUUUACACCAAAAGCGUAGAAUGGCAGGCGAAUCUCUUCAAUAUGAGUAAAAUGCGGCAUAAAAUAUUUUUUAGAGUAGUUCUCAAUUUAGUGUCAAGGGUAAUCCGGGAUUGCUUUGGUUUGGCUUGAUUAGUGGAGAAAACCCGCGCUACUCAAAACUAAAACCAGAGACGACUGGGUCACUCGCGUUUUCCCGCGUUUCAGGCAGUUUGAUUGUAUUUGCUUUGACUAACUGCUUGUGAUAUUUUCCUUUGUUUCGACUUUUUUGUGAUUACUUUGAUUUUGGUUUAAAAACUCAAUCGAAACACGCUCUAAUGGCAAUGAAAAACUUUUUCUCUGUAAAGCAGAAUACUUAUUUUCAUCUGAUCCUUUUGAGUAAGGAAACUAGUUUAAAAUUUAAAAUCUUGCGACCAAACUGUUGUAGGAAAUGAAAGAUUUUUGAGUGCUCUCUGAGCGGUUAAUGUCCACGAACAAAUUUCGAACACAUUUACACGCCAAACACACUUACAAUAGCCUCUAUUUUCGUGCCAAAUAGAGACUGUUGUUUAUGUAUAUUUAAGCUAAUUAGUUGUAACUUUGUUUAUCAUCGUCCUACUUGUUUUAUGAAGCUCGCAGAACAACACGUUUACAAACAGCUCACCGUUAAACACUUUUGAGGGGGACUUUGUGAACAAAACAGUUAGUCUUUUCCUGUGUAUUACUGACAAACGCACUCUUAACGCCAAUAAUCCCUUACAGGGAGACAUAAAGAGCUUUAAACACUACUGAGGUUUGGAAUGUGGUAUGAUACCAUCGGAUAUUCUCCAGUUUAUUCGGGACAUGCACGAAGAAAAGUUAAUAAAAACGAUUGCUCACGUGUGAAAUUGUUCAUAAAUUGUAUUUAGAAAGUUUAUAGGGGAAAGGAACUGAAUUUUGAGCAAGGUGUACUUCGAAUCGGCCGAUUUGCAAACUCGUGUACACCUCCUUUAGCUUUGUAGUGAGUACCACACUCCCUUGGAGGGAUGAAAAGAAUAAACCACUAGAAAUCAUGAAAAGAUUUCGUGUUUUUUUUUUAAUUGCAAAACGUAUCUCAUUUAUUAAAUAGAGUUGGAUCUAAGAGGCUCCACAUGGCAAUUUUGUAAUAAAAUUUCUAGUUUGUAAAAUGCUAACUAUGAAUCACUGCAUGACUAACAGUGGUCGAGGAAUAUAUUUUUUUGGAUCACUGGGUCUGAAAAUUGCUUCCUUGAAUCUCCCAGACAGUUUAUGUCGUAACUUUAUAUCCCAGACAGUCAGGAACUUCUUACUUUAAAAGAAAUUAACCAAAGAUUAAUGAAUGAAGGGGAUAAGCUUCUAAAGAAACUGUGAUGCUGUAUUGGUGGCUGAGAAUAAUAAGAUAAUUUGGUUCUAUCAACUGAGUUGAUAACGUGAAGAAAUCCUCAUAAAGAUUUUCUAAGCAGAAGUUUCGAGCGUUAGC